AUGUCUGAUUACAUGUAUGGUAACAAGAGAGUGCUAUCAGCGGACGACGCACUGCUUUCUCGACAUAAAAAGAGAAGAACGCAAGAACAUCAACUUCGACGGCAGCGGCUGAAACGGAAGCUUGCAUCUGAAUUGGAUGUGUUUGAACAAUACAUUCAGGCUCUUGAGACCCAAGAAGACGAGACAGUGGUUACCGAAGAACAACUUGCAGAUGAGGAGGAAGAUUUAGCCGAUGUACCUGAUGCAUGCUUGGCAAUGCCAAGCGCCUUCUUGGAUGGGAUGAUCGCUCAAAUGGAGCAAGCCUGCGGCUCAACGAUGAAUUCUGUUCCGGAAUCGGCCCUCGAUGAUAUCAAAAGACAUGAUGAUUAG